GUUUGGCUGGAGCAACUACGGUGUUGGGGCGGCGUGGAUCCUGCGAAGGUGCAGGUCAUCUACGCCGGCAGUACGCCUCUUGACCCGGAUGCAUCCUGGGUCAUCGUGUCGUACGCGUUGCUGGUCAGGCAAAAGCAUCUUUUGCGAGAUGCCCGCGGUCGGCCCUACCGAUUCGUGGUCUGUGACGAGUGCCAUUACGUCAAGAACCCGGAAGCCAAGCGUUCGCGUGCAGUGUACGCAGUGGCAGAGGAAGCGAAGUUCCUCAUCCUCAUAAGUGGCACGCCCGUGCUGAAUUCUGCGAUGGAGCUGUUCCCUCUUCUACGCCUGCUGGAUAGCCGUCUGCCGGACGAAAGCACAUUUGGGCAUCGAUACUUCAGGUCCAAGAACAACGCUUUCGGAAAGAGCAAUUGGGCGGGACCUCAACGAGAGCUAGAGCUGCACACUUAUCUCUUCCACAAGAUCGGCAUCCGGCGCAAGAAGGAGGACGUUCUGAAGCAGCUACCGGCCAAGCGGCGGCAAACCAUUCUACUGAAAGAGGCCACUUGUGGUCUGAGCUGGCAGGAACUGAUGGCCUUGGAGGAGCGGUUAUUCGGCAAUGCUGAUGAAAACGAAGAGGACUUCGCCAGGGAGGAGGUCCAACGCGCACUGAAGUUGGUCAUGAAGACGAAAAUGAGGUGCUGCUGUGACUACGUCAAGGAUCUCCUAGACAACGGCAUCGGCAAGUUCCUGCUCUUUGCGCACCACCGGGCGAUGAUGGAUGCGCUCGAGAGCACCUUACAGGGUCCACUCCGAGGACGGUACAUCCGGAUCGAUGGCAGCACCAAUCAGAAG